UGCUCUGACUUUGUGGAUUGGAAGAUGAUGUGUGAGAUCUAGCGAAUCGGAGCAGCCCGAGCGACCGGAAGGCGGGACUACAUCCUCUUCAGCGAAUCCUGAGACGAAUCGGGCGUUUGAUUGACGGACACAGUUUUAACUGUUUACGGUCUAUACGGGGCCGAAGUUAGCCUGACGAACGACGUAGCGAUUUCGAAGUCGACAUUUUAAGCAUUAGACAAUACGGUAAUUUAAAGACGAAUACCAGAGAGAAGUUGAAAUUUGUCCUGUAUAACUAUCUAAACAUUUUCUCACUGGUGUUUUUCAUUUAGGUCAGCUAUGCCAGUGCAGGCCUUCUCCUUCCCAGAAACUCGAUUCUUUAAAGCUGGGAGAUUCAUCUACAAGUUCAGGAUCAGAGGAGGCACCAGCUGCAGCAGCCAAGAGGAUGUUAUGGGAGAAGACCGCUUCAGUCAGGAAUUUGAGGAAAUCAUCAGAACUGUUCUCGGCAACCUGGACAAUCUCCAGCCCUUCUCCUCACCCCACUACACCGUCUUCCCUUAUAAGAAGCGGCAGAAGUGUGUGUGCAAACACGACAAGACAAAUCUGAGAGUCUACCCUUUCACUCUUAUCCUCUACCUGGAGAAAAACACGCAGAACGGGCCUCAGUCAGCGGAGGAGAAUGAGGAAACGCAGCACAUCCCCUCCACUUCUGAGCCUCAGUCAAAGCGCUGUAAGAGAGAUUCACCACUAGAGGAGGCCAUACUAAAGGACUUAAUCAAGGGCAUGGAGGCUGAAAACAGGGUGGCAGUGACUGGCAAGUUGGACUUGGGCAGUCAGCACUCUCAGAGAAAGACUGAAGAAGAUCCAGGACACAUUGACAAGCCUGAGACAAUACAGGAGGAGGAGGGGACACCUGAGACACCUGUGAGACGAGGGUAUCUGAAGCAGCUGGCCAGCCAUAUCUUCCCUUUCUCACGGUUCUUCAAAGAUCCAGAGAAUUAGUUCUCAGAAAAACAAGCUGCUAAGUAAUAUUCCCAAAUGACUUGUUUAGUAGUAUGUUACAUACACAGUAAG